GAAGAACGCGAGCAGGGUGUCCUCAGUGUCUGCCACUAACGGGGCGAGCAAACAGAAGGCACGGCACCCCUGCCGAAAAGGGCGCACGCGCAUCCCUUCGCGGCACGUUGCCAGGGUCAGCUGAUUCAAUGAACUUGCCAGGUUCGGCCAGGAAUCGUCGAGUUCGCCGUAGUUCGCCGGAAGAAGAGGGUCAGGCCUUUGUUCGAGGGAGAGAAGAAUCUCGAGUGAUUCGGUUCAGCCGUAUCGCGGCCGUGCGGGAUAAAAAAUACUCACAAGUCUUUCGUUCUCGUAACCGACCUGCACAGGGAUCGUGUUUUACAGAGAUGUUCAUGCUGCCCAAAGUCAGCAGGGAUAACGGGAAACUUUCAGCCAAUUCAGUGGAAACGUAUUUUCUGUGUGAAUCCGUGUACAACGUGCAUGAUCAGUGUCCUUCCGCAUUUAGCCGCCGUUCACUGCUUGUCCAAUCGUGGUUCGUCAUCUAUUCAUACAUCAAAGGCUUACAAAUUAUAUUUAUGAUCAAGGUUUCAGUGGGUUUCACCUAAUACCGAAGCGGUAAGAUCGUUCGGGUAAACUCUAGACUACAUUAUUCUACGAGUAGCUGACUGUAGGGAGUUGAGUUCGUAUUUCUCGACACGAAACGUGUCUCUGGCCUCGAGGAAUGAAAUACUCCCGAGUCACCCUGCCCCUCGUCCUUGCGGCUUUGAAUUAUUCAAUUAGCUAUGGACGCUCACAGCAGCGUGAAUAUUAACGUCUGAUAACCAUUUUGGUGGAAAUAACAGGUUCAGGCGCUUGAAAUUUUGCUACAUGCACCGUUUUAAAACUUCUCCACCGAGGAGAAUGAGAUCUUAUUGAAGAAACUUGAGUGGGAUUGAUUGAACGGUAUCUAGAUGGUCGGUAGAUUCAAUAAAACUCGUGGUGUAUAGUCAUCCUACGAUUUUGCUGCCUCACAACCGCGCUGUAAUUGGAGGAAUUUUGGUAAGCAGGGAGCGCGACUUACGGCUUAUCUUGAAAUGAAAGCGAAACGAGGAGGGCUAGAUUACGGGCGGCUGAAAGGAUCAUGAGAGGUCCGGAAAUGCUCUGACUAUAGCUGUCGAAUGUGGGAAAUCACGGUUCAGUAGCACGUGAACCUUGUGAAUUAAUUCCGAACCACAUUACAGCCGAGCACAUAAGCGCGCGCCUUCCGUGCCUUAAUUGAAAUAAAUGACCUUCUCGACUUUCUUUCUUCAACUUCUACCGAGUACUAACUACGCGUCCCCGGAGCGCGUGAUAUUUGAGGAAAUGAAAAUUUUACCUCUGUCCGAAAGCUUCGUAGCGCCGUGUGAGUGUAGGUGAUGGAAAAUGGAGCACACCGAUGUACGGCCAGUCAUUUGAUUUGUAGUCUAUUUUCAUGCACCCGUCGAGUAGCGAGUCUAACGAUAUUUACCCUUCAUCUGUAUGCAAACAGGGUGACGCUACGCUGUUUACGCCUGCCUGAGGAUAGCCAGGAUCCUUUUACCUUCGCCUCGUACUCCAACGGUGACGUAAUGCUCGCGCUUGUGAUUUUUCUGUAAUCAUCAAUUCACGUCGCGUUCGUGCCUAUAUGUUGUUCGGCUGGAGAUAAGGCCAGUCACAAUGUUUUGGAACGGGGCAUGGGAAUUGACGCAGUGACCAGGUGGUGUCGCAGGCUAUUACCUACACCUGUCAUUAGCAGAUAUAUUGGAUUGACGGAAUCUUUUUUCGCUGAAACAAACCUGAUUAGCGGAUUACAAAAUGUAAUCCACGUAUUUUUGGGAUGAAAUUCACAAGUUCAAAAUGAAGCCAAGGAAUCCGGAGAACUGUUAUCUUGGUGUAUGGCUUCGAAAUUCGACUUUAAAUUCCUGAACUUGAACAGGAACUUGAUCGGCUUUGGUACCAAAAUACCUGCAGACGUAUUAUGCCAGUUUUUAAGGUUCAUUCGCAACGAGGACCACCAACUGCAACGCAGUUUAUCGGAAAUCCAUAUCACAGAGUUAAAUAUGCAAUAUAUACCACGGUCGCACUCUAUUUAUGCUGUCAAUUAUUGCGUACAUACGUAGGAUGGUAUAUACGUGCAGAAAUGAAGGGCUGAUAUUUCCGUUCGUCCGAAAUAUUCUAUUCAUUUCUUUGCUCCGUAAAAUCUGACACCUUGACACUAUGACUUGUAGAUUUGGAAUAAGGUGAAAGGUUCCUCGUUCCGUGAUUUGGAUGACUAAAUGUAAAUAUAAGAUCUGCACCGUCAUGGAAACAUAUCAAUUGUUUUAUUAUCUAAAAAAAUCAACUCAAUUAGCAAAUACGACAAUUUUUUGAUGCAAAUAAUAUCGUUUCAUCUCUUCCCUUUUGGUACUCUGAAAGUUAGGUAUUAACAUUCGAUUUCUGUCUCACUUACUUUACCAAACAUUUGCCCCCCGGCGCUAUAAAUGCGUUACUCUGUCCGGAUCUGUAGUCAGACAUGUGUCAUUCUGACGACAGUGGAAACAAGUAUGGAAUAAUGUUCUUCCUGCUUUUAUACCCGCAACCAGCUAUUCUAUCGUUUAUACUUUGCCGGGAAACACAACGAACUAAAGAAGAAUGUAUCAGUAAUGUCGGAGUUUGUUUUCCGGUCUUUGUACUGCCUUUCCUUCGGAGGCUGAACCUCAUUUCAUCCAUUGUUUUAUUUUACGUACUUCUGCGUUAAAUUGCAUCUCCGUUUUUUCACGUACAUAUUUCUGGUCUAAAUUAUUUUCUUCCACUCUGUGCUGAAGAUCGUGAUAUAAGGAAGAAAUUCACACUCCGAAUUCUCAAGAUCACUACAGAAUCGAUUCAAAUUCCAUUUCUGAUAUGUGAAUGCUUGUCAAUAUAUGGCGAUGAAAAUUUCGACUGAGCGUUACUUCGAUCGCGUUACAUCGAUGGUUCACCGAACAGUUUGAAAAUAAAUUGACUCUAAGAUGCGUGAUGUGGAGAAAAAGAAUGGUAGCAAUGAAAUUUCAGAGAGGCUUAAAUUUUCACAAGUGAGUGCAACGAAUUGUGUCCUGCAACCAUGAGACACGAGAACGGUUAAGGUAGAGGUACAGAAAUUGUACCUGCAUGAUGAAGACCAGAAAGAUGAAGAUGAAGAUGAAGGACGGAAGAAGAUAAGGGAGGAUGAGCGGAUUCUUCAACUCCCUGAAAAGCCUCGCGUCAGGAGCUGCGAAUGCCGCUAGUGCUGCAAGCAAAGCUUGGAUCGAUUCUUCAACUUCAAGAGAUCUCCAAUGGAUUGCGUGAAGACACGAAGAUGAGGUUCAGUGUGGCACCCCAGCCGGGGGAAAGUGGGUUCACCCAAUGGCUAGACGCCAUGAAGAUGGUGGCUCGACUCCCUGGUGGUAUUCCGCCGGAAUUCAGAAAGAGAUUGUGGCUGACGCUUUCUGAACGACAUCUUCAACAGCGUGGAGUUGAUUGGCGACAGGCGGAAAAGCUCUGCUUCAACGAGUGGAGCAAUCCAGACGAUGAGGAGCUCGGUAUACAGAUCGUCAAGGACCUUCAUAGGACAGGCUGCAGUCUGUUCUGUGGCGCAGCAGGACGCGACAAUCAGGCAGUGCUUCGACGAGUCCUUCUUGGAUUCGCACGCUGGAAUAAGUCAGUUGGAUACUGCCAGGGACUGAAUGUACUGGCUGCUCUGGUACUCCAGGUCAUGGACCGUGCGGAGGCGGCUUCGGUCAAGGUCAUGAUUUAUCUGAUCGAAGGUGUUCUACCGGAGGGUUACUUUGCAGAUAACCUUCGAGGACUCUCCGUAGAUAUGGCUGUUUUUCGGGACCUUCUUCGUAUGCGGUUGCCGAAGCUCUCCCGUCAUCUAGAAACAUUGCAGAGUGAUGCCAAGGAUAAAGCGACUGGAAGCAGCUACGAGCCACCCUUAACCAAUGUCUUCACGAUGCAGUGGUUCCUCACCCUCUUCUGUCAUUGCUUACCCCAGGAGGCCGUACUUCGAGUCUGGGAUCUUAUCUUCCUGGAGGGUGACGAAGUCUUGCUGCGAACCGCUCUCGCCAUCUGGGAAGGACUAGCCGAUCGGAUAAUGACCGUAACUUCAGCCGAUGAAUUCUACAGCAUAAUGGGGGUGCUGACAAGAGAGAUGCUGGAAUUCACCGACACUAACAAUCUCAUAAAGGCGAUCGUGAGUACGGGGCCGCUGAUUGGAGUUACCGCCCUUCGUGAGAAGCAUCGGUACAACAUCACGCCCUGGGCCCGACGACUUAGCGACGAUGACGAAACCGAGACCGAAGAGGACGAACGGCUCGCCGUCGCUGCCGCCAUGUUCGGGAUGUCGCACAGAAGCAGAAGAGUUUCAGAACGUGAAACUUCAUCGUCAAGCUCACUGCAGACGGUCGCCGCUAGUAACGAUCGCGACAGACUUGCAUUGGACAUCAGCACGCUGAAGCAGCAGUACGCGAAGCUGAGGGAACGGCAACGCCAAGCUCACAUAAUACUCUCCGCUGCGUGCGCGAGACAGUCUCUCGUCCCUUCGGCCACUUCUCAGGCGAUGAACCAUUUGUUGGUCGGAAAAAGUGCCUUGGUUAGCGGCAAAGCCCGACAGCUAGGUCCUCUCCAUGGUGCGGUGUCACCCAGGGCGAGACUCGGUCCUCCUCACAGUCCUAAGAAUCCGAAUCGAAAGGACCGGCAAGGCGUCACUCUUCACUGGAAGGACACAAAGAGGCGAAAGGAAAACAAGGACGACACUCCAGGUGAAGGACCGUCUUGUGGCAACGACGCUGAAUCCACAAGCGAGGGGAUGUCGGUCGUCACAUCAACAUCCCCGCGACUUUCUGCUGGCGCAAAUGCCGACAGUGACAGCGACAGCACGUCGACGGAACUUUGCGACGAACCAGAUCGUCUCAGCGACGUCGACAGCGAGGAACUCACCUCUAAUUCCGAUUGCUACGUCAUGGCGACCGACGACGAGAAGAGUCCUCGCAGGGAAGGAACCGACAAUAAGACAUCACCCAGCCAUCACGAUUCCGCGUACGGUCAGCAAAAAGGAGCGCAGAGCUUGAAGCUACCCUCAAACCUCGAGGAGACUUCGAUCUCUGAGAUAACCGACCAGAUCCGCAGACUGUCGACGGAUAAUGAGAGACUGGGACGUUACAAGCUGGCUGACGAAGCGCCAGAUCAGGUUGAACGAGAAUCGUUGGACUCCGUGAAAACCGAUGAUGUGCCAGUGUUUGCCACGGACAUCGACUCGAUCAAUAGUUCGUCGGUUGAGCGAGUGGAAAGGCCAUCCGAAACGUUAGGUAGUUUUGAUUUUUCAAGCACCAUUAGCGGUGGUCCAAAUGCCGGUGAGAGUAGCUCAGUAUCUGUUGAAAAUGAAACUGAAGUUCAGAUACUUGACGAAUAUCAGUUUACUGAUCAUAGUUUAUUUCCAUUGAAAGUGCUUUCUAGUUCUCACCUGGUGUCAUCGGACGAUCCUGAAGUGUUGGAAUUCGAUAAAAAGGUAGCUGCAGAUACUAGUGCGCGAAUAGAUAGGCCCGAUAUGGGAAAGCGCUACGAUUUCGCUCCUGAGCUUAAAUAUUCGAAUUUUGACGACGAUAAUUUAGUUGCCGUAGAUUCGGAGGCUAGACAUUCCGAAACUGAGCCAGAUUUUGGUAAGGGUGCUUCGACCGUUCAGCUUGCUUCCUCGCCGGGGAUGAUUGGCGAUAAUUUGAACAAAGUAGUUGCCGAUUCAAAGCCUUACUCCAGAUCCUACGUAAUAGGACACGUUCCAAUAUCUCCGAUAAACUUAGAACAGAAGCUUAAUUACUUGGCCGAAUAUUCAUCCUCGACGGCUGCCAUCAAGGUUGUCGAAAGAGAGACGCAAGAGUUUCCAAUGAAGAUACACGAACCGCAGAACAAGUCCAACGGAGUCUUUGUAAAUAUUAGUAGCGUAGAUUUCACCAGAAAUAAUGACUUGGUUCGAAUCAAACCGGCAACGAGUCCAGCUGCGGUUGUUGGUGUUCGCCUAGAGCUGAGCCAAAGCCCCAAGACACCGGGCAGUGACAAAUCGUGCAGCUCUGGGGAAACCAUGGGUCCAGAUUCGAAAACCUCCAGCUUAACGACCAGUCCUCGAACUCCAGUGAGCUUCGAUUCGCGUGAUUUUCACGCGGAGAAGUCAGCCGCCUCUUCUGUGAGCUCGGAGUCAAAAACCCUGACCCUUCGUUCCAUCGGUUCCGAUGAUCAGGAUGUUCAGCUGAAAGCAGCGAUGCGAAUUACAUCCUUAGCCAAAUCAAGUUCACCGUCCCUGAUCAGCUUUGACUCUUUGAAAGGCAAAUCGAGCCUGAGUCCGAAGUUGGAGGCGAGUAGCUCCAGCGACUCGUGCAGCCCGGAUCGAAAAAAGUCUUCCGAAAGAUCGUUUAGCUCCGAUCUUCAAUCGCCGAUCAGUGCCAAUUCAAUAAAAUUUACUUCAAAUUGCAAAGGGGGUCGUGGCACCUACUCCGAUUCUCCGAUCAAUCUUUGCUCCGCGACUUCGCCGUUUUACCCAAUCGCACGCCCGAAUGAAAAGACACCCUCACCGUACAGCACUGCGAAGCAAAAGAACAGCACCACUGAUAGUGAGGAGACUUCACCCGAGCAAAAGUCCACGAGUUCAAAAGGAUCUGGAAAAUUAAUAGCUUCCGAAUCGAGGAAAGAUCGUGUCAUUAGAAGCGAAGAGGGAAUGGACUUCACCGGCAGUUCAAAGGAUGACUUUCGCCAUAAUCUGGGAAAAGACAGAUCGCAGAAAACCGAUAUCGAAUCGUCGCUGGCGGACGAUAAAUGCAAAAUGGAAGAAACAGACACAACGCGUUUCUAUGGGAUAAACUACUCACAAAGUUAUCGGACUGAGUCGCAGCUGGAAGAGAAUGAGUCGAGGGAUCAAUAUGCGGAUAAGGAUACCGUGUCCCCUUUGCCGCGAGAAAAAUUUGAAAAACUUGCAAUUUUCUACGACAAAAGUAGUAGAAGUUUAUUGGAGAGAAAUAAAGACAGGACGAACGAGUACGAAGUUGGUCAAGAUUGCUCGAAGCCUUUUGAGCGCAGCUCUAGCAGCUUAGACAAAAGAUUUACGGAUUCGAAACUUUCCUCUUCGUCUGAUGAGUUCGGAAGGAACAGUCUGAAGAAACGGUCGAGCGAUAUUUUGGAGGACUUGAGGCAUCUCGAGAUUAAAAGUACCGGUGAUGGGGGAUCGGAGAACGGAAUCACCAAAAAGGCGAGCUAUAUUCUACAGGAUUUGAAGAGCCUAGAGGCCAGAAGGCAAGACACCUUUAGCGAUUCGGCGAACGGAUUUUCUAAGGUCCGGUUGAUUGACCUUGAGAUGAAUAUUCCGACCGUUUCUAGGAAGCAGUACGUGAUCGAACCGAAAAUUCAAAUUCAGGAACACAGCGAUAGCUUUUUAAACACUCUCGCGCGGGUUUCGGAGAAUACGAAAACCGAUGAUGAUAAGGAGCCGAAGCUGGGCGUCUGGACGAAAGUUAAGCCGCGUAAGAAAAGUGAUAACGGUCGAAGAAGCAGCGACAGAGCGCUGAAAAUCAUUCAGGAGAACUCGGCGAUUCUGCAUAGAAUUCUUACCUGUCAGGCGAAAAAGCGACUGCCCGAUUUGGAGGAAAUAUCGAAAGAGAUAACUAUCAGCCCCAUCAACGAGGAGAUUUCAAAAAUAUUUAGUCCAAUUCUUGAGAAAAUCGGCCUCAACGAACACGAAAUUAACGAGGAAUUGGCCAGAAUUAAUUUCAAAGACUUGGACCAGCUAUCGAUGACCAGUGGUUCCGAAUUCGAUGCCAAGAUCAACGACGAGCUCUCAAAACUUUCGCUGAUCGAUGAUACCGAAGAGAUCGACAAUUUGGAUCUGGACGAAGCUUUGUCCAGAGAUUAUCUGGACACGAGAGAGGCUCUGAUCGACAGGCAGAUAAACGAGGAACUUUCGAAGUUGCUAGCAAACUACGAAGAACGGCCUUCAUCCUCGGCGGGUCUUCCGCGUCAGGAACAAGGCUCUUCUAGCCAAAACAUCAGCGAGAUGGAGGGACUAGACCUCUCGAGUAUCUCGACGAACGUCUUCUCUCACAAGUCGUCGAACGACUCGAUCGACACUAAGAGCGAACUCGGCUCGAUCCAAGAGGGAGUAAUAAAGCCGGAGAAAUCCUACGAUUAUAACGACAAGCCGAUUCCAUAUCCACCGCCGAAAUACAACCUUCAGGACCUAUCGCCUAAAAGUGACAUCGACAUUUACCGCGAGUUGGAGAAACUCGACAAGAUAUCAGCUGGGGAAAUAUACCCGAGUGUGCAACCGGUGUCAUCAGCGCCCGAGGUGAUUUCCACCAACCCUUACGCUCCCGAUCACGCGCUGACAUACGGGGAGAGAAUGUCGCCAAUCUUGAGUUACACCCCGAAGGCAGAGAAAUCCUUCGACUUGUCGCCAUUGAGGAGUCCCUACGACAGCUACAAGCCGUACGACUUCAAGUCGAGAAUUUCGCCGAGAAAAACGCCGGGCAAUCCGUACUCCGUUCGAUCAUACGAGAAGCCAUCGAUGGACUCGAGUUUUGAAUUGAGCGAUCACAAGUCCGUCGCCUCAUCGCACAUCUACGAUAUCUCACCGAAGAGGGCUGUCAUUUCAAAGGAAACGCUCGAAUUUCGGGUGAGAUACGACGACGAGCCACCGCCGAAGAUUCGGAGCGAUGAUUUCACCCUGCGAUCUUUUCAAACGGAUAUAGCUAACCUCGACAAAGGCGCUGCCUACUACGAAACAAACACGGCUGACCCCGCGAAGUAUCUACCGCGAGACGAAAGAGGCUCUUCCGAGAAGGAUAUUGGCGAGUCAACGGUCGACUACGCGUACAACAAGUCGGACCUUUGCCACAGGAAAUACCAGGACGUUUCCUCUCAGGAAUACUCCUACCAUAAAACGUCGGAUUACAACAGAUCAAGUUCCUACACUUUGCCGUCUUCGAUCCGCGAAGACGAAAUUGGCACUCAUUUGACCGUUCACAGACGCGAGUCGCAUUCCCUGUCACCGAGUCACCAGUUUUCGACACGGAAACUUCCCGUUCCGGUCAACCCUUACCUCUCGAAGCUUUCCCCUAGUCUAGAAGACGUCACGAAACGACCGGUUUCCCACCCGGAGUUCCUCGACAAAAUGAACGUUGCCAAGUACGCGGAUCAUUCGAGCCAAGGGUCGAAUAACUACCGGAAAUCUUCUCUGAGCUUGGGAAACAUCGGGCAUGCUAGCAGAGGCGCCACUCAUAGUCUGGAGAAGACGCCGAGCCCAAAGAUCCAAUUCAGCCCGUUUCCGGUCAGAAACACCGCUAGAAAACCAAGGGAGUUAGGGCUCAAGCUCGGCCUGUACUCGCCAGUCAGUCCUGAAGGUGGGCAGGUGAAACGAUCGCACUGAUUUUGAGCCCACGGCCGAUUUUAUUGAUUUUGAUACUUACUUUUUAACACUGUAUUAAUCGUUAUUCGAAAAUGUUUCCUUCCAUUUGCGCUACAUAGCUACUGCAAACUAUAGUUUAGCCGAGAAGAAAAAUAAAUAAACAAAUAAUAGUGAAUGAUUGAAAAGUCAUUCAACCAGCUAUUUUAAACAGACGUCAUAUUAUAACGAAUCAUCGUUCGAAUCUUGUUAUGGUUAACAAAGUGAGCCUAAGAUUUACUUUUCAAAAAGUACAACUGCAGCUUUGUUAUGGACAUUCAUCUCGCUCGUAGAAAGAUUAUUUUUGCAUACGCGUUUGAUUGAUUAGUUCGGAAUGUACUUGAAUGUAUAAGUUACAAUGGUCCAUAUUAAGAAUCAACGGGACUAUAAGUAUGCAUCCCGAUUUACGGUUCGAUGAUUUGAAAGUGAUUAGAUAAUAAUGAAAUGUGUAAAAAUGUAAGUAAAUAAAAAUCAGGGAUGGAUGAGAAUAUUUUUUCUUUCCUUCAUGUAAUACGCUAAGCCAACUAUAUUUACGUAAUUAUAUUGAUUUGCACAUUGAAUAUUACACGCGUAACGUUCUAAUGAAGUUAGGUAAGACUUAUGUAUCUGAUAGAAACAUCGUGUUUUAUACGUUUCCUAGUAAUUUGAAACCUAUUGUACCGUGUCAUUCUAGACAACAACUUUUUUUGGCGGGAAUAAUAUUUGCCAAUAACAUUUUUUGAUAAUAUGAUAUUUGUAUCGAUACUCUCCUUGUGUCAUCGUCAAAUUUUUGUUCUAUUUAUCAAAAGUUUCAGAGGUUCACUUUGUUAUGGUUGGUUAAGAGAAAACAUUAUCGACAAUACACAUUUUAGUGUAUCUAAUAAUGAAUUUUCCCACUGAAAUAUGAUACAAUACCUACCUUAUACUUGUAAAAUCAUUGGGUGAUUAAUCAUGGUGGUGAGAGGUUCGAUAAAACAGAAUGUUACGGGAGUAGCAUGAUGAAAAUGAGUAUUUCUAGUCCUAAAUAACAGAUAAUGUAGAGAAUAUCGAAAAGCGGAUAAGUCCUAUAAGGAUAAUGAGUUAUGAGAAAUAAGACACGUUUUUAAGUGAAUACGUGAAAUUGCUGUGCGAUGCUCUAGCUUCGUAAGGUUAUACUGUAAAUAGAAUUGUAAUGGUCUCGGCUGAUAAAAGACUGUAUAUUAGAAAGGCAUAAUAUUAUAAGCAAAUUAUAAAGAACAGUACACUGAAUAAAAAUAUUGAAUAAACAUUUA